AUGUUUGCGGCUUUAAAAUACCACUCAACAGACUAUUUAUAUGAGAUCAUAGCAAGGCAGAAGUUUUCCAUCUGGAAGUUAUCACUUUGCUUGCCUCCCAGUUUACAUCAAGAUGAAAAGUAUCAUCUCUCUGGACUCUUUGCUGAUGAUAAGUAUAGGAAGCCAUGGACUAGAAUUACUUCAACACAGAACAUGAUCACUAUUUCGGUAUUGGAUCAGUGGAAGAAAAGUUUAUCUGUGGAGGAUUUCCUGGAAAAGAAACCUAUGUCCUCUGUAGACUUCCAUAUUAGUAAUGAGUUAAUAGAAAUUAUUCCAAGUUCAAACCCCUAUUCUCAGACUGACAUAGAAGGACCCUUUUUACAUAUGAAGGAUGUUUUUAAGGAAGCAUACACCCAAGACAAAUAUUUGAAGACUGACUAUGCCACUGAAUUUAAAGGACAAUGUCAAGAUUUAUAUAUGGAAGAGGAACUUGUUUUUAUUGAUAAUCUUGAAAAUUUUCAUAAAAAACUGCCUACUUCAUCUAAACUUCUGAGCAGACUACAGUUUAUUUUAGUGAAAGAUCCCCUUUUAGGUUCUGAAGGACAGAAUUUAACAGAAGAGAGUAUUUUCCGGGAAUGUUUGACUUUCCAAAAGGAAAUGGAAAUAGAAGAGCGUAAAAAAGAAUUGCAGUGGAUUAAAGAGAGCUUCUGUGCCAUACCUGUAAAAGAUGAAGAGUAUUUCAUGCUGCCUGUUGAGUUAGAAUUCUGCAAACACAAUAAUGGCAGAUCAGAUUCUGUUAAGAUUCCAUCAUACUUGGAACUGAAAGAGUUGUUAAAUUUAGCUCCAGAAACCACGGCUGAUGAAGAUGUGUGCAAACAAGUGAUCAAAGAAGAUCUGAAAGCAGAAAUUACAGACAAAAUAGAAAUUUUCAAGUGCUGUCCCAUGCCACAAGAGGUUUGUGCCAGUAACAGCAAAGGAAUGUUGGAAUUCUGUGAGUCAGCUAAAUAUGUUCCAUAUUGGAAAGAUGAAAUGGAAGUACCUUUAACUCCUCCAUGCAGACAACAAAGAUCAUGGGUUAAUUUUCUGUGCACAGGACUUCAAGAAGAACCUAUUCCUCUUUCUGGUAGCAGUAUUUUGAUUACAGAACCCUCUAGGGAAUACUUGGAAUCUUUGGUAUGGCAAUCAGAGAAGUAUCAGGAUAAUAUGAACUCUUUUUUACUUGUGGAGCAUCAGACUGUUAAACUUGCAUAUCAGCAUCAUUCACUUACAGAACUGAAGGAAAUGCUACUAGCUGAGGUAGAAGCACCAAUGUCUAGCUCACUAGAGGAGGGCUGGUGGCUUCAUUUGGGUUUAAAUCCAGUCUCCAUAGAAACUUUGGAGCAAUUAAAUACGGAUGCCAGUAAUGCAAACAUUGAGCUUCCUACAGAAGUAGAAACAUUCACACAAUUUACAUCAUAUGAGUUAGAAAGAUGGCUUAAAGAGAAGAAUUCCCUAAUAUACCAGGAGGAUCUUUCUACUGAAAGACGUCAAUUGGACAAAGUAAUUAAUCUUCACACAUCACCACAGACUCAAAAGCAGUACAUUGCCCUGCAUGUAAGUCCUGCAUCAUCUGCCAAAAUUGACAGUACAAAUACAUCUGUGGAAGAAGGGCUUCCUGGAGGUAGCAUAAAAAAGAAUAAGGUAGAAAAGGCAAUUGAUUUCUUAAACCAAGAAAAGAAGAACCCCAAAUCAUCUGAGUCAGUCAGCUGUAAAGAUGUGUCUUCUAAACAAAACAACUCAUCCAACAGUCAAAAUUCUGCAUCAUUUGCACUUGCUACAAAAUGGAACAAUGAUGAUUCUGAUCUGAGCAACUUUAUGAUGCUGAGAUUUAAACAUAUACUUACCCAAAGAAUGGAAGAAAGUGAUGUAGGUAGUCCUGGAAAAGUGCUAGAACCUGAAGAACAGCAUAUGCAUGUUCAUAAAGAGGACAGUUCUGUUUGUGAGACUGUAAGAACAGAGGAAAAAGAACGAGAGAAUGAGGACAGUGUCACAAUUGAUAUUCAAGCAUCAGAAAGCCAAUGGCAGGCAUACUGCCUCUUGGAAGAAGCAGCCGCUCCUGUUCUAAAAGAUUUGACACACCUGGGUGAACCUGCUGCUGUAAAAUGGCGCUUUGACAGCCUUAAAUUUGAUCAUACAAGGUUUUUCUUAAAACAGCAAGAGAAAGUGAUAUGCGAUUGUUUUAAAGAAGGUAAAAUAAAUGAGAAGGAGAUCAUGCUGUUCAGACAUGCUGCUCUGGUGCAUCUGCUGGUGACAGUUCGAGAUCUUCUGUUAGCAUGUGGCUUGGACACAGGACUAGGUUAUUUGUCCAAGGCAAAGGACAUCUAUAAAACCGUCUUAGAAUCCUGUUUGAAUAAUGUCUGGAGGCAGUUGAAGAUUGUACAGUACAGCAGCCAGAAAAAGCAUGAAACAAAUCCCAAAAUAACAGAGCUUCAGCAUCAAAUCUUAAAUUGGAUGCAAAUUUAUGGGGAGGAACACAGUGUUAAGAUACUAAUCAUAACAAGGAUGGACUCUGAGAUGGAAAAAGCUGCUCUCAUUCAGACUUUAUUUAGAGUAGAAGGUUUAAAAGCUAGGGAUUUGAAUUCUGAGAAAAAAAGAACUGUUUUAAGUUGCAAAGAUAUCAUAAGCAACCUUAGUAGAUAUUCCUGUGUGGUUGUACAUAAUCAGCAAAUUGGAGCUGACUUCCCUUGGACACACUUCUCAUUAGUAAUGGAAUAUGAUUAUUCUGAAAACUCUUGCUGGAAGGAUCUGUGCAAAAAUCUCAAUGUUACUUACAUGACUUUUAAAACCACCCUCCCUGAAACAAUACAAAUGGGGCAUCACUGUGGUUCCUUUCUUCUGGAAGUACAGAUUCCAUACGUAUUUCUGACAACUGAAGGUCUUCUUAAUAUGCCAGAUAUUCUUCAGGUUUUGGAAUCCAAGUACAGCAUUACCUUUGUUGAAAGAAGCAGUAGUUACUCCUUAAGUCUCUUUGGAAGUACAGCUCCAUAUGUUGUGUUGACAAUAGAUGAAUGUACUGCUGUCUUUUUGCAGAGUAUAGAAGACCUAAAUUAUGAAAAAUCCUGUGACAAUGUGAUACUGAAGCUGCUGGCAUUAUCACUUCAAUAUACAUGCUGUUGGAUCAUUUUCUAUUCCAGAGGACUGAGUUUAGAGUACAGUCUCAGGGGAGACACUCUGCUUAACCUUGUCUUAAUUUAUGCCACUCUAAUUGAACUUACACAAAAGUCAGAAGAUUUUGAAGUGAAGGUAGUUCUUACGCCAGGAAUUAAAGAGACAGCACUGAUAAUUCGUCAGAUUGCUGACAACAUUUUGAUAGCAUCUAAUAUCAGUCCUCAUGAGUGGUUGGACAAAUCCUGGCUUUCUGUCUUGCCGUCUGAGACAGAAAAAUGCCUACUUACUUUUCCUUGUAUCAACCCUCUGGUUGCUCAGUUAAUGUUAAAGAAGGGAUCUUCACUGAGCAGGUUGUUUCUUGCAAGUUUUGAUCAACUUCACGAAUUUCUGCCAGAGGUUCCAAAAAAAGCUUUAAAGCAUUUUAGUGAGAUGAUGUCUUCAUACAACCUAAAUGCUGCUGCUCCACUGGAAACAGCAGGGAAAUCUGCAUCACACCCAGAAAACCAGAAUGACUUCAACAUACUCUAUCUGGAUUAUAAACAAAAUGAUCAGUCUCUUUUGCUGCCAGGAACAUCUCAUAUGAGUUCUGAAGCCUUAACUCCUCCAUUGAAUCAUCAUCAGGGGUUUUUUGACUCUCAUCUUCCAAGCUAUAUGCAAAAAAAGUCAUGUUCUUCAGAAGUAAUUACAAGGAGGAAGCAGAAUUCCUUUGCUGUGCCGCAGGACUGUGAAGAUUUUGCUCAUCUGGACAUUAUGAAUUCUGUUCAUGUUCAAAGGCAGCCUUUCAGGACACGCUAUAGCUCUGAUCAUUCUUCCAAAAUCUUUGAAAAAGAGGAUUUCUCUGCAACAUCUAGUGACUGUGCAGCUCAGGAGAGCUCUAUGAGUUUUCUAGAAGAAUUUAGAGACACAACAUUUAAGAGCCCGGAAAUUCUGAUUGACCAGACCCAAUGGAAUGACUCUUCAUCCACAGGCCCAUGUGAUUCAUUUGCACCUGAUGGUUUUCUUCCUGAUUUCUUUGUUGACCUAGAUGAGCUUCAAAGUCUGAAUUUUCAUCAAAUCAGUAAAGAAUCUAAAGGAAAGAAAAAACAAAUUCUACCAUUCUUAUGGACAAAGGAAAAAAAUAGAACAGAUUCAGGAUUUGCAGAAGCACCAGAGUUCAAAAAAAGGAAAUUGACCUAUGAAAGAGUCCCUGGAAGAAGUGAUGGACAAACACGUCUUAAAUUCUUUUGAAUGGAAUGGGCUUCUGCAUACUACACAUAAUUUUUUAAAUUCUUAAACUUUUUGAAGGGAAAUAGAUUGGAUUAAAUUUUUUUUGUUCAUUUUUAGAGAGAAAUUAGGGUUUGGGAAUCCUUACUAAUUCAGGAUUCUUUUGUAUGUUUUUAAAAUUUUACUAAGCAAACUAGUUGCUUGAACCUGGAGAAUUACUGCUUCUAUGUUUGUUCUCAUGGAUGAUAUUAAAGUUCUUGAUCCCUCUUUACACAAAAAAAUAAAUUGUGAAUGAAAAAAAGCCAGACACUGAAGCUCGUAGUUUUAAAGGCACCUAUUUUUGCUCCUUGAGCAUGCAGCUUUCCAGACUUGAAGAUGGGCUAGAUCUGCCAGAAUCUCAAGGCUGCUCAUUGCCUUAGAGCUUUCUUGCGCUUACAGCUAUUACCCUUUGUAUUUGUCCUCUGGGUUCAGUUCCAUUUUAUUCUUUCUGACAGCUCCUUUAGAAACUGUGUGAUAAGUUCCUGAACUGCCUUUAAUCUUAACCAAGCUACAGAAACAACCUAUUUAUUUUGCAGACAAGACGUGAAAGAUAUGUUGAAAUUUAGGAUUCUAAUAGAUUUGAUUCAGAGAACUAAGCUGUGACCCUAGCUCUCUGCAUAAUCUGGAGGAGGCAGUUUGUUGGCAACCACAUUUUUCAGCCUACUACAGUGCACUGACAAGUAGAGAGAUGAGAGUCAUCUGGGAGGCGCUGCCAGGUAUUGUAGAUUACAGCUUGAAUGGGUAAGAGGUGGAGGAGGGAAAAAAAAAAAGCGCCAUCUCAAUUACAAGCUACAGAAGAGUGAGGAUAGAAUAGUACCCAAACCAUCACUUUGCAUCAAAAGAUUUGGCAAUGAAACUGGAAACGUGUGGGAGCAAUGACAGACAGUAACUCCAUUCUGCUGCAGGAAUGCAUACACAGUUAGCACAGGCAUGUGUGCCAGCUCCAGAAUGUCAGUGUCUGUUCAGCAGCCUUCAGCUGAGAUGAUUCAGUUUUCAGACUCACAAAUCCUUUUUAAGUUUGAUGCAAUAAUGGGAGCAGGGGGGAGAAAAAAGAAAAAAAGAAAAUCCCCACCAAGUUUAUGGUUUAUGUUUGCAGUAAAAUACUUUCUUGAUAUUGAGCCUUCAUUAAGCACAUAGUCACUUUGGAUAAAUAAAACCAGCACUCAGGGGAGAAAGCUUUGGUCUCUCAGAGAAAACGGAAUGCUGGUUUUUAGCUGAGAAUUCCUAAGAGCUAUGAUGACAGCACUAAUAGCAAGUUUAGUUCGCAGUAAUAUCCCCAAAUUAUUUGUACCCAAAUUGUUUGCAAGACUUUAGAAAACACCUUCCAAGUGUAACAUAAAAAGACUUCUGGUUGAAUUGUGAACAAGCCAGCAUUUCCCUAUUUUGCCCAGAAUGAAAGGAAGACUUACAUAAAAAUUGCAGUUUGCUAACUAUUUCUAGCCCAUUUUUGUGGUCACUUGACCUAACCAUUUUCCAUCUCUUGCAUCAUGGGUUUGGCUCUGUUUUUCAGAACUGUCUCCCAAAUUGCCAGGCCCAGGAAUCUGUUCUUUUAAGAGUGCAGCUCUGGGUACAGUCUCAGUCACAGAUGACCACAGUAGAGAAGAUUACAGCUGCCACUGCCAAGCUAUUAUUUAUGUCCUCCCUUCCCGCAGGGAGAAGCAGACACCAGAACUUCCACAUGAACAGUCAUGGAAGACUAGCGCAGAUAAUCUAUAGAUCACUUUGAAAACAAAGGCAUGUUGCCUACAUUAAAUAAGUAAAGAGAAUUCAAGUGCUGUCUGCAGUAAGUUUCCAUUAGUUAGAAAAAAUCUCAGUAAACAGUUAUUUGCAAUGUAGUGGAAAAUAAGGAAAAGGGCUUGCAAUCACCGUUGUUUUGCACUGUAUUUGUGUAUGACUCAAUCUCUCACAGAUGAGUACAUAUUGGACAAAUUUAUCAUGUUACAUUCCCCCCCAUGUCCUUCUAUGUUUAAUGUGGAGGAA